GAAGGGAGAAGGAGUCAAGACUGAGCUAGAAACAGAGAAAGAGACAGAGAAACAAAGAGGAAGUGAGGGAAGGAGGGAAGGAGAGGGCACAGCAAAUCUGUUAGAUAUGUCGAGAGGGCUAGAGAUAGUGGGGGUGUAAAAGAGAGUGGGAGGAAAAAGAGAGAGUGCGUCUGUCUGAUAGACAUAGUGAGGCUGUCUGGAUGUUCUCAUUCACUCUGCAGCAUGCUGUACUAAAGACUCACACCUUCACCAGAAGAGAGAGACUGGAGCAUUGAGACUCAAACCACCUUUGACCUCUCUGUCAGUGAUGCUUCACCAGAGAGUGACGGGAUCCCUUAGCCUGCCUCUUUCACAGGAGGCCUAUGUGACUUAACCUCUCCACAACAACCUGUAGGCCAGGGAACAAAAGUGUCAGUAUAUGUGACGGCUGGGUGAACCAAUGAGCACCACACCAUCCCCAGAGACAGGCCUAGGCAGAGAGAGUCUCCCGCCCAAGAAGAGGGACCCCAGACCAGGCCUCUCAGAGCAGCCUUCUGCUGUCACAUUCAAGGUCCCCUUCCCCUACAAGAGCCAUAAUGAAGUCAAGCCCUACAAUGCAUCUUACUCAGACCUGCUCCCACCUACACCUGCAUCUGUUCCCCCGCUAUACCAGCCCUGGACCCAGUCCCCCACCACAGCCUCCACCACCAGAGUCAACUCCUUUCUCCCCUCUCCUGUCAGGGAUAGCUAUGGCUGGGCUGAGUGGAGGGAGCACUAUUACAGAGAUUGGGCUGCAGGGCCCUCAGGGUGGGAUGUUCCCUACAUUCCCCAUCACCCCUCCACGCACCCCUCAGAAUACCCACAACACCCCUCUAUCUGCAGACACAUGGCCCAGCCUACAGAGGAGCCCAGUGGGGUGGAAGCCCGGUACAGAUGGCACCUUAAUAAAAAAGUGAGAGAGAAGUUAAGUCCACACACCGCACAGCAAAGCAGACAGAGGGGCCCGUAUAUGAGAAGAAGGAAACAGGGGGGCCACAAGCCACGACCCAGCUCAGGGACAGGUUCUGCCCCCCUGAACACUGCUCUAUCUCCUACUGCCUACAGGGACCUACACCACCACCCUGAACUGGUCUACACACACCUCUCCACAGCCUCCAAGUACCAUGCUUCAGGGCAAAGUCCUUUGGAGUUUGAGGCACAAUCUCCCAUAAGACCAUCACUUAUUGAUCAAUCAACAGAGAAAUAUUGGAACAUGGGAGUAACAGAAAAAGUAGGAGUGUCUCCACCUCUCUCCUCCCAUCACUCUUCCUACCCUUCCCCCUCUUCUGACCAGCUGCCCUGGUUGCUCUCUCACUUUGCGGCAGGCUCUCUAAUCGAGCUCAAAGACGGGCGGCUGAGGAGGGUGGAGGAUUUGCAGACAGAAGACUUCCUAAUCGGCGCGGAGGCUUGUCCAGAGCUGCGUCUGAGCUGCUGCACUGUGCAGCACAUUUCCCUCUCCACAGCCCCCUCCCUCUCCCGCCUCCUCAUCCUCCUACAGGAGGAACACUCUCAGGAGUUCCUGGAUGUGUAUGUGGAGUACCCAUUCUUUGUGCGCGGGCGUGGCUGGUCCUCCUGCUGUCCCCAGAGAACAGCCCGUCUUUGUGGCCUCCGCUGCCACCAGCUUAGUGUGGGUGACGUCUGCUUGGCUCUCAUACCCACAUCACCCUCCGUACCCCCACCCACCCAACCCCAGGGUCCUGGCACCCCAGCUAGAGGGCCUAAGCCCCUGCAAACUUCCUGCCCCCAGGCUCCCCUUCCCCCUGCUCCAGAUAGGCCAACAGCAGGGCAGAGAGGGGGGCUGGACCCAGCACGGAAGAGGCGUUGGUCAGCCCCUGAGCUGCGUGGCCCAGGCACCAACUGCCCGUACUGAUAAACACCGCUACCAUAUGGAAAGGGAGCCAGCAAAGCCUAACUUUAGUUUUCUUUUCUUUAUCUCAACCUCACACUCUUUCCAUCCCUGUCUUCGUGGCUGUCUUUGGCUCGUUUCCGCUUGUCUGUUUUAUAUAAAGAUGAAUUAUGAUCAAGGAGGAAAGAAAUAUAGAUUUGACUCUCAGGAUUCUGGAUACUAAGCAGAGGACCAUUGCCGGUAUUGGUCUGAAAGCUAUGGAUUAUCAGGGAUGUGAGAGAGAAUAUAUCAUGCAGAAUAUAUUACCUUUAGCCAACUCUAGAAAUGCAAUUUUAAAGGUGUCACCCAAUAUUAUUAAAACUUGAAAACAUUAACAUUCCUAAUUUUAUCAAUAAGAUCAUUCAGGGGAAAUACAUGUUAUUCUCUGCUACCUCUAUAUUAGCCACUUUAAUUGACAGAACUGAUUUCUGUAUGUAGAACAGUGAAUGUUGAAGUAUGCCCCAGUGAGUGUGAAUGGCUCCCUGUGUGUUGUAUAGUUGACAGUUGUUGGCAUUACAUUAUGCACUAGGUGCCCUUCAUUGGGGUCCGGGCUGUCCUUUUACCUCAACUCUUGCAACGGUUUGACAAUCAUUUAUGUUCUGAAAUUCUAAUUGAAAUAUUUGUGUUGAUUAAGAAAUAAAACAUGUUGAAGGGCUCUAUUCAAUCCGUAUGGCAGAAAUUCAGCGUUACAGCGUGAUAAAAAUUUAAAGGCAAUGUUCCGCGUUAGCAGAGACUGCAUUCACAGUAAAUGCUGCAUACAGUGAGCUCCAAAUGUAUUAAGACAG